UUGUAUGGGAUAUUAUUUUAUAUCGAAGAUUUUUAUAGCUAUUUGUUAAUUAACUUAUUUCUUAAUUAGCAUUUGUAGCUAUUCCUGCUUAACUUUUUCUAUUACAAACAAUGAUUAAUUAUGAUUAAUUAUUUGUAAAGAUCUUAUCGCCCUACACAGUAUAAUCGAGACGAGAAAAGUUUUAAUAGUUUGUUUGCGUAUUUUUACGUAAAAUAAUCAUGUCUGUGAGUGAAAAAGUAUCGCUCUCUGAUGCAUUAAGCAAUGUGGAUGUUUUGGAUGAAUUAACACUGCCCGAUGAACAGCCGUGCAUCGAAGCAGCUCCAUGCUCGAUACUGUAUCAAGCUAAUUUCGAUACGAACUUCGAGGAUAGAAAUGGAUUUGUCACUGGCAUUGCGAAAUACAUUGAAGAGGCUACUGUUCAUGCCAACUUGAAUGAGUUGCUAGAAGAAGGCAAUGACCAUGCUGUAAUGUUAUACACAUGGAGAUGCUGCAGCCGAGCCAUACCACAGCCGAGAUCUAACGAACAGCCGGACAGGGUGCACAUAUACGAGCGAACUGUCCAGGUGUUGGCUCCAGAAGUGGACAAGCUACUGCAGUUUAUGUACUUCCAGCGCAAGGCGAUCGAGCGCUUCUGCGGCGAAGUACGUCGCCUCUGUCACGCUGAGAAGCGGAGGGACUUCGUGUCGGAGGCCUACCUCCUCACGUUAGGCAAGUUCGUCAACAUGUUCGCCGUCCUCGACGAGCUGAAGAACAUGAAGAGUUCUGUUAAGAACGACUACUCAACGUACAGACGAGCUGCCCAGUUCCUGAAGGUGAUGUCAGACAGUCAAAGUCUUCAAGAGUCGCAGAACUUGUCCAUGUUCCUCGCGACGCAGAAUAAGAUCAGGGACACCGUGAAGGACGCCCUGGAAAAGAUUAAUGGCUACGAAGAUCUCCUGGCUGAUGUUGUCAACAUAUGUGUGCACAUGUUCGAAACGAAGAUGUACCUCACUCCAUCGGAGAAGCACAUGCUCGUCAAAGUCAUGGGUUUCGGUCUGUUCUUGAUGGACUCGGAUGCGUGCAAUAUAAACAGAUUGGAUCAGAAAAAAAAAAUUCGUUUGGACCGCAUUGAUAGAAUAUUCAAGAAUCUGGAAGUGGUACCAUUAUUUGGUGAUAUGCAGAUAGCACCGUUUAAUUACAUCAAGAGAUCGAAGCAUUAUGAUCCUAGCAAGUGGCCACUCUCAUCGAGUCCGAACCCGCCCUCCCCCCAAGCGGACCUGAUGGUCCACCUGCCACAGAUAAGGGAGGAACAUCAGAACUACAUAUCGGAGCUGGCGAGAUACAGCAAUGAGGUGACGACGACGUUCAAGGAGGCGGGCUCCGACUCCGAGAAUCGCGCCGUGACUGAGCUGUGCCUCCGCGGCCUGCAGCUGCUUUCGUCGUGGUGCUCCGUGCUCACGGAGCUGUGCUCGUGGAAGCUGCUCCAUCCCACCGACCACGCCACCAACCCGCGCUGCCCGGCAGAGGCGGAGGAGUACGAGCGGGCGACCCGUUACAACUACACGUCAGAGGAGAAGUUCGCAAUGAUAGAGGUGAUCGCCAUGAUCAAGGGUCUGCAAGUGCUGAUGGCGAGGAUGGAGACGGUCUUCGCUGAUGCAGCACGACGGUCCAUAUACGCGGAACUGCAGGACUUCGUGCAACUACUGCUCAGAGAACCCUUACGGAAGGCCAUUAAGAAUAAAAAAGAUUUGAUACGCAGUAUAAUAGUGUCGGUGCGCGAGACGUGCGGCGACUGGGCGCGCGGCUGCGAGCCGCAGCAGGACCCCGCGCUGCGCGGGAAGAAGGACGCCGAGACCAGCUUCACCAUCAAGGUGCCGCGCAGGAACGUCGGACCAUCAUCGACCCAGCUGUACAUGGUGCGCACGCAGCUGGAGGCGCUCAUCUCCGAUAAGUCUGGAGGUCGGAGGACAUUGCGGAAGGACCUGGACGCCGCGACUCUUCAGCAGAUAGAGACAUUCCACAGGCAAAGUUUCUAUUGGAUGUAUAUGUUGAAUUUGGCAGAUUCCCUGGCGAAGUGCUGCGAUUUGUCCCAGCUGUGGUACAGGGAGUUCUAUCUAGAGAUGACGAUGGGGAGAAAAGUCAACAAAUGCUUAGUGCGCCAUCAGCACAACGAGGAGUGUAAUGACCUGAUCACCAUGGAGAAGAGGAUCCAGUUCCCCAUUGAGAUGUCCAUGCCCUGGAUCCUGACUGAUCAUAUCCUCCGAAGCAAGGAACCGGCGAUGAUGGAAUACGUCUUAUAUCCGCUCGAUCUCUACAACGAUUCAGCUCAGUACGCGCUGACGGUAUUCCGGAAGCAGUUCCUUUACGACGAGGUCGAGGCGGAAGUCAAUCUCUGCUUCGAUCAGUUCGUCUACAAACUCUCCGAGCUUGUCUAUGCCCAUUACAAGCAACUGGCUGCGAGCAUGCUGCUGGACAAGCGGUACCGCGCCGAGUGCGCGUCGCGCGGCGCCAGCACGGGCUGCGGCGCGGGCCGGUACGCGUCGCUGCUGCGCCAGCGGCACGUGGCGCUGCUCGGCCGACACGUCGACCUGUGCGCGCUCGUCGCUCAAAGAAUAAACGCAGAUAUGCAUCGCGCGUUGGACGCGGCGGUCGCCAAGUUCGAAGCCGGCGACAUAACGGGCGUGGUGGAACUCGAGGGUCUGAUCGCAGUCAACCGCCUCUGCCACAAGCUGCUCAGCCGCUACCUCUCGCUGGACGAGUUCGACGCCAUCCUGCGGGAGUCCGACCACGGCGUGCUGGCGCCGUACGGACGGAUAACUCUGCACGUUUUCUGGGAGUUGAACUACGACUUCUUGCCGAACUAUUGUUACAACGCUGCGACUGAUCGGUUCGUGAAAUGUCGCGGUAUACAGUUCGCGCCGGUGGUUCAACGCGAGAAGCUGCAGCAGUUCGGGCACGCCAUGCUGUGGGGCUCCAAACAGCUCAGCUUGGCGUAUUCGGCUCAAUACGCACAGUACAAUGGGUUCGUGGGUCCCCAGCACCUGCACGCGCUGGUGCGGCUGCUGGGCUACCAGGGCGUAGCGGUGGUGGUGUCGGAGCUGCUGGGCGUGGCGCGCGGGCUGCUGCACGGCACGCUGGCGCAGUUCACGCGCGCGCUGGCCGCCGCCAUGCCGAGGCACUGCAAACUGCCCAGAUACGACUAUGGCUCGAACGGUGUGCUGGGCUACUACCACGCGCAACUAACAGACAUCGUUCAGUACCCGGACGCGAGGACGGAACUCUUCCACGCUUUCAGGGAACUUGGCAACAUUAUACUCUUCUGUAUGCUGAUCGAACAGGCUCUAUCUCAAGAGGAAGUGACCGAUCUCCUGCACGCGGCUCCCUUCCAAAACAUCUUGCCGCGUCCGUACACUGCAGAGGGCGAGAAACCGGAAACGAAACAGAAACGUCUCGAAGCGAAGUACUCGGCGUUACAGAUCGUGCAGAACGUGGAGAAAUACGGAACUGCUAAGCAGAGUCAGCUGUCCCGCGAGGGCGACCUGCUGACGCGCGAGCGGCUGUGCUGCGGCCUGUCGCUGUUCGCGGUCGUGCUGCGCCGACUGCGCGCGUGUCUGUCCGCGCCGCAGUGGCCCGCGCCGCCCGCGCCGCCGCACCACGCGCCGCUGCACACCGACGACACCGCCGAGUUCCACAGAUUGUGGUCAGCGCUCCAAUUUCUAUACUGCAUCCCCGUUGGCGACACGCAGUUCACAGUCGAGGAACUCUUCGGUGAGGGUCUCCACUGGGCUGGAUGCACGAUAAUAGCCCUGCUAGGUCAGCAGAGGCGCUUCGAGGCCCUGGAUUUCUGCUACCACAUCCUGCGUGUGCAACGCGUCGACGGAAAAGACGAACUGGUUAAGGGAAUACCCCUGAAGCGCAUGGUGGACCGCAUUAGACGGUUCCAGGUUCUAAACUCGCAGAUCUUCAGCGUGCUCGGGAGACACCUCGCCGCGGACGACGAGCGCGCCGGCGUCGAGCACGUGCGCUGCUUCCCCCCUCCCGCCGCCACCCACCACAACUGAGCACCCAUACUCUGAAAACGUGUAAACGACAACUUAAUUGUUGUAUAUAUCGCUUACGAACAUCGACUGACUUACUCGAGUAAGAAUUAAGUCGAUAUGAUAAAUAAAAUUAACGAAUACUGACCACAGACUUCAUAUUUCGUACAUACUCAAAUUUGUGGUACAAUAAAACAUUAUAAAGUAUUUCUUAUUUAGGCAUAUAACAGUCUCCUAAUAAAUGCUAUAGACCCAUUUCCUAUUUAUCAGUAGAGAAUGACGUCUCGACAACAAUAGAAAAAAAACAGCAGCUGAUUUUUUUGGAAUUUAAAAAUGGAACGAUGCAAACGUUCGAAAUUAUUAGGGAAGCGAUUCGACAUCGAUAAAAAUUACCUAAAACGUCGAUAUCAGCGUUUUAAAUAACGGUUCUAUAGUAAUAAAAUAAAAGUAUCAAUAAAGUAUCAAUAAAAUAAAAGUAUAAAUAAAAUCUAAGUAAUAUUGUCGCGCCACACGGUAAGCGAUCGAUAGGCUUUAUAGACCACAGGCUUCGUUAUUAUAAUUAGCUGUAGUACAGUCGGCUAGUAAUAUGUGAUGGUAUAAAAAAUCAUUUAAAAUCUAUUUCAUACGUCUGAUUAUCACUUUUGUGGUAUAAUUAAAUAGCACAGAGUAUAUAAAUGAAGUAGUUUUGAAAUUAAUUUUCUUUAGCAAAUUAUUUAAUUAACAAUUUGUCUCGAUAGGUCGUUUGUUAAAAUCUUGAUUGAAAUCUUUCAACCGCAACCCAACAAAAUCAUUCCAUAGUACGCCUUUACAUUAGUAAAUUCAAGUGUCAAAUAUUUGUCUUUAAGCAAUGCGUUAGUCAGUAAGAUUGCCUAUUAUAUCAUAUAUACAUAUAUAUAAGUUUAAUUCUAAUCCAAUGGCAGACGGAAUAAAGAUAAACAAACCUUAUAUUUACAUAUUCAAUAAAAUUAUUUUAUAUUUAACACACUUUAAUUUAUCCACCAAAGUUCUAAUAAAAAUUUAACCGAAUUUAAUGAAUGCCACAGAUAAUUUAUAUCUCGACGAAAGUUUUUUUUUUUUUGAUAGAUAGACUUGCGUCUGUUAACAAUCAUGUCUUAAAAACUUAGAGGUUGGAGCGCGCCUAAAAGGUGUCUAUUCACUUAUAUGAAUUAAUGGUUAAAAGUGUUUAUUUCUCCAACUCCUGCUAUUGGAAUGGGCUAGAUAUAUAAUAACGCGGAAGUAAAGUAAGACUUCCGAUAAUUAUAAUCAAAAUAUGUUAAGUAUAUAUAAUAACAUAUAAUUUAAAAUUAGUUGUACAUUGCGUAAAAGUAUUAUAGUAUAUUUAAGUCACAGCCUCAUAAACAAUAAUAAUAUCCUGGGACAUUGUUCACACACGGCCAUCUGAAUCCAAACUAAGCAGAGCUCGUACUAUGGAAACCAGACAACUGAUAUACUACAUAUACUGCGCUUGGUGUGGUUGGUAGAUACUUGCCUUUCACGACGAAGGUUAUCGUGGUUGGUAGAUUUCACGCCGAAGGUUGUGGUUUCGAUUCCCACCCAGGCAGACAUUUGUGAACAUGAACAUGUCUGUUUGUCCUUUGUCUGGGUGUAAUUAUCUAUAUAAAUGUGUAUUUACAAAAGAAAAGUAGUAUAUGUAGUUAGAUUCAGAUGGCCGUGUGUGAAUAAUGUCCCAGGAUAUAUUAUGUACACAACCGUAGAUUCCUCGAGUACAUUAUAAAGAUAUAUACUUCACUAUACUUUUUUACUUUCAUUAUUACUUAUAUAACGUUUAUAUAUAAUAUUACAAAAUAAGUAUUGCUUAAAUUAUGUUAUUUUAAAUUAUUCUUUGAUGAAUACGCGAUUUUUUUAUAUAAAAUACAAUUGUUAUAA